UCUACAUUUCCAAUUCUCAGUUCCAGUGCGAUUACAUAUCCUACCUUGUUCAAUAUAUAUCAAAAUCUGUGAAAGUCGCAAUAGCAUUUUCGGCCCCUUCGUUUAUCGGCCUUUGAUCUUCCAUCCCUAUCUGUGCUAAAGUCAUCCGUGGAGUCCAAUUCCCUUUUCGUCAAAAGCCAUACCCACAAUGCCUCUUAAAUCGCGUUGGACAACACCGCUACCUGAUGUUGUAUUGCCGACAUAUUUGUUCGGCUCACCAACGCAGCCACUGUCUGAUAAACCAUUGUUGAUAGAAGCCAAAACACCAGACACACAUUAUCUCACUCAGAGCUCCCUCCGUUUGUACUGCCAGCGGCUUGCAGCUGGACUUCGUGCCAAUGGGUUGCAGAAGGGAGACCGAGUUCUGUUGUUCUCCGGCAAUACUUUGUUUUUCCCUGUGGUAAUCAUCGGAACGAUAAUGGCUGGAGGCAUCUUCACUGGCGCAAAUCCAACUUAUACACCACGCGAACUUGCUUACCAGUUGACGGAUUCGGGAGCUCGUUUUCUCAUCACUAGCGAAGCUAGUCUUGACACAGCGUCCGAAGGCGCAAAACUGGCCGGUUUGCCUGUUGAUCGAAUUUUCAACUUUGACGACGGCUAUGCCACUUUCGAGAAUCGAGGAAAGGAUCAAGGUGGCUUCCGACACUGGUCUCGUCUGUUAGCAUCUGAAGCAGAAGGCCAAAAAUUCCAUUGGGACGAAUUGAAUCCCCAGCUGAUUAAAGACACCGUAGUGGCCUUGAACUACUCAUCUGGCACCACAGGUGUUCCAAAGGGUGUGAUGAUCACUCACAGGAACUAUAUCGCCAACGCUGAGCAGAUGGAUCAUCUUUCAAGACUAGCGAAAGACUACGAAGCAAUAAAAGCAAGAACGCGGCUUCUUUGUUUCUUACCAAUGUAUCAUGCCAUGGCGCAAACGAUUUUUGGCAUCAACGCUGUCAAGAAUUUGACGCCUGUGUACAUGAUGCCACGGUUUGACUUCAUGCUUAUGCUUGAAUACAUUCAAAAGUUCCGGAUAACGCAACUCGUCCUCGUCCCACCCGUUGUGGUCGCGAUGGCGAAGCACCCUGCCACACGCAAGUUCGAUCUGAGCAGUAUUGAGAGGGUUGGUUCGGGUGCGGCUCCACUCGGACGAGAAGUCUGCGUAGAACUCGAAAAGUUAUGGCCACCCGGCCGCAUCAACGUAAAACAAGGCUGGGGCAUGACUGAAGUUACGUGUUCUGCAAUGGGCUGGAAUCCAGACGAGUAUAGUGAAAGUUUCAGUGUUGGCGAACUCAAUACCAAUUGUGAAGCCAAACUUGUGGAUGAAAAUGGCAACGAGGUGAAGCAAGGAGAGCGUGGUGAAAUCUGGGUGCGUGGUCCGAACGUUAUGAAAGGUUACUGGCGUAAACCUGAGGCGACCAAGGAAACGAUCACCCCUGAUGGCUGGCUCAAGACAGGCGACAUAGCUUGGUACGACCAGGACGGAAAGUUCUUCAUCGUCGACCGGAAGAAGGAAUUGAUCAAGGUCAAGGGUAAUCAAGUUGCUCCAGCCGAGCUCGAAGCACUUUUGUUGGAUCACGAUGCGAUCGCGGACGCUGCAGUCAUUGGUGUUCCAGCGGGCUUUGAUGAGGCACCACGGGCAUACGUUGUUCUCAACCAAGGCAAGAAAGCAACUGAGAAGGAGAUCCAAGAUUGGCUUGCGAAUCAAGUGGCACCUCACAAACGACUCGCGGGUGGCGUACGUUUUGUGGAUGCGAUUCCAAAGAAUCCAUCCGGCAAAAUUUUGCGUAAAGUCCUUCGUGACCAAGUUAAAGCCGAAGAGGAGGCUGCGAAGGCCAAGCUAUAGAGCCCACGAAAAGGUCAAGGAUGUUGAGCUGUCAAAGAUUUGCCCAGAAUUUGAGGUAAACGUAGAAUCUCUAAGGACUAUAAAUCACCGCAAAGAAGCCCUUGUUUGAUGCAAGGGAAUACUGCAUGGGCUGCGCGAGAAAUUCUGUUAAUUAAUUUCAACUAUAAGCGAAC